AGUGAAAGAAGGAAGGAAGGAGAACGAGAGAGAGAGAGAGAGAGAGAGAAUCUAGUAAGGCAGUCCUGCUUUCAUUUUUAGCUCCCAUGGACACCGCCAAGAACCAAGAAGGAGCAGCACUGGGGCUCUGUGAGGCUAGGUGCUGGCUGCCUUCCUUCACUCCCAGAAUGCCUUAGAGCUCUGGCCCCUCUGCCAGGGAUUGGUUCCCAUAGAAAAUAGCCCAAGAAAAUAGCAUUCCAGAUCCAGGAGUUGAGGAGGCAAGAAGAGAACUUUCGAGUGUGUCAACAUUCUCCUCCACAGCCUUCUCCAAGGACCCACCUUUCUGCCCCUCUCCACACAGACUCCCACAUUUAUUGAAAAAUAUAAGGCUCAUGCUGAGAACUCUGCAUGUGUAGCCCAUGAGGAGGAUGAAGAGGACCAUGGUCAGGGGACCACUGUAUAAUAUUGAGAUGGAGAGGAAGAAUGCCAAGCAAGCAGAGGCCAGACUCAGCCUAAGCGUGCGAAGACUGGAGGACAUAUGUCUCUACCGUAUGAAAUCGCUGGCCUGGGAGCAGAGACAGCUCCAGAAAGAACUGCAGAGGCUGCAUCAAGAGAUCCUCAAGAAAAGAUUCUCCUCUGAUUUUAAAAGUGGAAUUCAGAAAAGGCCACAAGCCUCCACAUUCUUGCCGCUGGAAGGGCAGAAACACAGAGUCCUAAAACCUAAAACCAGAGCAUUGGGAGCUUAUAUGACACCGGAAAUACACAAAACCAAGCACCAGAUGAGAAACUCCUUGAGGGGCAAAGAACACCAGCAAUCUCCAAGUGACAUUGGUGCCUGCUUCAUGGAAGAAGAGAAACCAUCAACAGGGGAAGAAGAUUCUGUAACUCUCCCUGAGAGCAUAGACCCCAACAAGGGCAUCUCUGUUCCAUGUCAAGGUCAAGAGGUUUCCACCGGUCCCAUAGAGCAAGACCAUGGCUCCGGCCCAACUGGUGAUAUAAUGACACAUGCUGAUGAGACCAGAUCCCUCAACCCUGAUCCAAAGCCAGGCAGGAAUGCUAGUACACAAAUUCUCUCAGAGUCCACGGAGUAUGCAGGAAGCUUCCAAGAUGAGUCCCCAAAUCUAACCUACAUAGAGUUGUUUGCAAAAGCCAAAAAUGCUCACUAUCUCCGGCACAGGGUGCCCCCUGAGUCCGAGAGGUUGCUUAGCAUUGGGGAAAUCUUUGGCCAUGGAGGACUGGAUUAA